UAAGAGAAAACAUAAGUUUACCCAAUUCAAGUUGUCUAGUAUCGGAAAGUUUUAGUAGCUCUAAUUCUUUGAAAAUAGGGUCUGAAUGAGAAUCGAAAGUUGAUUUAGAAAUAAUUCUGAUAACUCGCUUUUGCAAAGAGACAAGACGGCGAAGAUUGGUUUUGUACCUAGAUCCCCAGACAAUAAUACAACAAUGAAGAUAAGGAUAAACUAAGCAAUAAUAAAGAGUUUUUAGAUAGGGUUUAGGUAGAAAAAAUCUUGCUCUAUUAAUGACACCUAUUGAUUUCGAGAUUUUACGAGCUACUUGAGAAAUGUGCGGUUUCCAAGACAUGUUCAUCAAGGACUACACCGAGGAAGACCGUUUCCUUAACCUGUUCGAUUCUCUGUUUAUUUAUGCAUAUUUGCAUUGGAAAAUGAUACCUUUUGUGUCUAGGCUUAAAUAACAUAAAGUUUGUUUUCUUCAGGUUUAAGGAGUGAAAUCCCCUGUGCUGUGAUAAGGCGUCUCAAUGAAACAAGUUAACACAGGACGUAUUCAGGUUACUCUGCAUUACAGAACUUUUGUGCUAAACACUGAACGAGCUAAUUGCUUAUCAAUUACUCAUUCCGCCCAAACAAACUUGGUAUAUAAAGCUUAAAUUUUCUGAUUUCCUCUACGUCAUAAAGUAAACUUUGCCGGGAUAAGAACACUCAAACAAGGAACAACAACAAAAUUCUAAAUAUUUUAUUGUUUUUGUUUUCAUUAUUACUACUUGGUGCACUAAACGAAGAUGAUCCAAAUUCUUAUUCUCCUUUUGACACAGUACGCAUUAAAUCUUAAAAUGAGGUUAAAAACAAUUCUUAGAAAAGAGGGAAACAUGAGAGGCUUAGGCCGUUUCAGAAAUUCACAGCAGGCAUUUGUCCAAGGCGUUUUUUAAAACUCUCACUCGGUCUGAUUUGCCGUCCUUGCGGUUAGGCGUACGACAAUCUGCGGUAAGAUGGUUGACUGCACAUCCAGUCAUAAGUAAUUCGAUGUUACGUUUUCGAUUUCCGCUAAAAAAAUUUUCUCUAAAGAGACCUCCGUUUAGAACAGCGGGAUCAGAAAACAUUUUGAUCUGAGGUUUUAUUGGGCUAUAUAAAUUCUUAGAAAAGUUGACAUACUGACAUUUAAUUCCUCGGCACACCAACUACUUUUGCUUCACUUUAAUCAUCACACGCUAGAGACAAGUUUUGAGUUUAUGUCUUAUCGUAAUUUUUUCAGAAUAAGGAGGAGUCAUCAUGGCCGGACAAGUCGCUGCUGCACAGGUUGGAGUCGAGGUUCUUAACAAGGCGCUUGAAAUUGGCUCGAAUGGUUAGUGCAUGAGAGUGUUAUUUUUCAGAGUCUUCACAGCCAAUAAUAUCGUGGUCUUUAACAUCAUGAUCAGACGACCAAGAACUUUGAGACUGAAAAUUGAUCAAUCAGGCCAAUAUCUAGAGCUAAAUGCCAUCAACUGACGUGAUGCUACUCAAUUUGGCUCUACUGCACAGGUUGUUCGAGAUUCGAUGUCAACAACAGUUUUUUGUUAAUAUUCCGAGGACUACACUCGCCAGGAUGAUCAUAUUAACUUCACCUAUCUACUUGCAUCUUAACUUGUAGCUAUACUCGCAUAACCUUUCAUAUCUACGUCUUAGCUAGCCCGCGGGGAGCAGACGCUUUUCUCGGCUUUUGUUUGCUCCCCGUAGGCUAAGCUUAAAUAUUCCUGAUUUUUACAUUUCAUUCAAUGUUUCAGCCUUGAACAGCAUUUCCGACCAUUACUUCGAAAACGAGGCAACGAUUGCUUGGUGGAACGAUUGGAAAGCGAGAGACCAAAGAGCUCGAAUCGAGAAAACGUUUAAUCACGGUCGUUUCUCCAGAGAAAAACGCACUUUAGGUAUUUCAUCCUGAUCAUUCUUUUUGUUUCAUUCUUCUAACUGCCGCAGAACCUUGAUUGUUUUCAGUAAACUUGGCCAAGGUGUAAGUCUUAUAAAUUAGAAAAAUUUAUUUCAAGAACUUCUCGAUGUCAAACUGUUUCUCUAAAAUUACAUUCAGAAUUUCUUUUUAACUGAAUUCCAUAACCUCUAACUGUUUACUCAGUAUCGCUUAGACCCUAGUGAAAACAAUAACUAGCAGGUAUUUAGGUACGACAAGAUUCUAAGCCAGAGAUUAAAAGUGGAUUCCCACCUCUAUGAAUGCUUUCACGACCCGACAACUUCUGAACUACCGAAGUCUACCAUCUUGUAAACUUGAGCCUCAAAUACAAGCCAAUUUCUUUCAAUUUCUUUUUUCCGGCAGAAGCGAGGGAUGGAAAGGCUUAAGAUUGACUGUCUUGAAAACACUGACUGACUCAUCUCUUUUACCAAAGACACUGUGAAAUAAAAUGCACUGCCCUUGUGGACCAAUAAUUCGAAAUAUGGUUUAUGAUCUCGUUUUUUAUAUCCAUUUUGGUCCCUUUAACCAAUCUUGGCUAUUCUUAAUUUAGGUUUCGUCAACGGAAGAUGGUACUGUUGCUUCACACAAGCGGGCUUACAGGCCAAAGGGCAACCCCUUGAUAAUUAGAGAAAAGGCCCAUUGGACAGAAGGCAGAACCAGUCCUCAAAAUCGAAGCUUCACAUUAAAGCAGCGGCCAGUCUUAAAAACAUGAAGUUAGAGACACCUGUUACACUGUCGGCUACCCACUUCCAUGUAUACUGAGUAGAAUUAAAAUGCAUACCUUUGGUAAACAGUCG